AUGACAUCAACUGAGAUUGCACCGCAGUUCGACUGGCCUUUCCCCAAAGUUCGCGGCAUUGCGAUCAUUCUCAAGGAUGACUCGCUUUCAUUUCUGAGAUAUUUCAUUUUCUAUGAGAAGUUCCUAAACUCAACCCAGAAGAGGCACUUGAGACCUCAAGAGAAACAUGACUUUACUAUGGCAUAUAACGAAUCAAGACUUCGCGUAAAACGCGUGGUUCGGAGCUAUGGACAGUAUCCCAAGCCAACCACACUAAGUCCGCCAACUUCACCAACUUCGGAGGCCCGAUUCCCAGCCCUUCUCCGCCUUCUCAGAGAGUUGCGCGACAUGAUCUAUGAGUACUCAGACACGGGUCCUCUACAAAAUAGGCUCUGGGUUAACCUCAGUUACAUCUAUAGCGAGCUUCACUGGAAAAGGGUGGGAACAAUACGAAACGAAGUCAUGGACACAUUCUUUGCCAAGAGCGACUUCCAAUUUGAGCCGUCAACCUGGUUCUCCCUAGCCAACCUUAACAACCCAAUAUGA